CAAAAUCUCCUUCCCGACCAAUCGACGUGGCGGGCGCUUCAUGUCCUUUUUCAAGGACUAUCCAAGAGCGGCUGACAAGCCCAUAUCGCUCCACUAAUUGUUCUAGUGCCUUCAUUGUUUACCGACAGUUUCCUCACCAUGGACGUCGUAUGUCAAUGCGGUGCUAUCCGAUUCAAAACUCCGACUGCAACCCCUCUCGAUAUAUUCCACUGUCACUGCACCGAAUGCCGCAAACAGUCGGCUUCAGCAUUCGGCACCUCCGCGAUCUUUCCGGCCUUCACCCUGCCUCCCGACCUACCUCUUGGAAUCUACACGCGUCAAACCGAUAGUGGUAGAACACUCGAUUGCUACUUCUGUACCGGAUGCGGGACACGGAUACUUCACAUUGGCCGAGACAAUAGCAAAACUGUCAGUGUCAAGGGCGGGUGUAUUGAAGCGCUCGAUUGGAGCAAGGCGAAGCAUAUUUGGUGCUCCCGGGCUGUGGUCAAGAUACCCGAGGGCGUAGAAAGGUGGGACGAGGAGCCCGACGAUUAACGGACAAGGUUGAAGAGACUCGGCUCAGAGAAUCUCUUCUCGGUGAUCAUCCAAGUCCGUCAUUUCUACAUUAUCACUUGAUUGCCGAAAGACAACACGCCAGUCGAAUGCUACAUUGCGCGCCAGGGAGUAAAUUUUCGGCGGUUUGGAACGUUUGUGUCCGAGACUUCAAAUCUUCUUCGGCUGUAUACUUGUACUUCAAGCGCGGUCACCUCUUACUAUUUUAUCCAUAGCUUCACAGCCGAAAGUGUUCCAUUCGACCAGCUUCCUCGAUGAUCCUUGACACCCGCGUCAUUUCAUUUGCAAGAACGGACAGUCUCGUUAUUGGUAAUCAUAAAGUAGCUACCAC